CCAUCCCUAAAGGAAAAAAAGAAAUACCGGAGAGAACACGACGCUAGAAAAGUAAGUAAAAGAACGAAAGAGAAGGCAUUUAUAGAAACCGCUGGUUAAAAGAACAACAAAUAGGCUGAAAUUCAUUGAUAAACAAGCACUGACGCCGAUCAAACUUCACUGGACGAGAUAAAGCAUUACUGGACUAAAGGCAGAUCGUCUGCUUAUACCACUGUUGCUACCAUGCCUCUCCACAAAUCAUCUCGAGCCCCCCGACUGGACCCUACAAUGAUCUCCGCUCCGCUGGGUGAUUUUCGUCACACCAUGCACAUUGGUCGUGGUGGAGACGCUUUCGGUGACACCUCUUUCCUGUCCAGCCAUGGCCCUUCUAAUUCUAAUCCCAACCCUGAAUCACCAGUCACGCCAUCCACUGUAGCGACCACAGAGAUUCAAAAUAACCAUGAUGCCAGUAGUGGAUAUGCAGAAGAGACCUAUGGAGGGGAGCUGCACCAUUCAGAUUCAGUUUCCUCCUUUGAUCUUGACCUGGAUUUGGGGCCAUCCAUUUUAGGAGAUGUACUGGGAGUGAUGGAUGGACUGGCGGUGGGUUUCGAUUGGACAGGGGGGAAAGACAAUGAAGAGGUGUUUAGCCCCAGCAAGAGCCCAUUGGAUGCGAUGAUGUCACCAAGGAAUGCUGCGAAUGAGUUGAAUGAGAGGAAGAGCAUGGAAAGUAUGACCACAGAGGUGAGCCAAAGAGAAGAGCAACUAAACGAGAUGAAUGGUGUCAAAUCAAAAGGGCUCAGGCCUAAAGUGAGAUUUAGUGACAAGAGAGAUGAGAUCAUUGGUCGACAGGAUGCAAUUGAAGUGCUGGAUGUCGUAGGUGAGGAAGAAAUGUGCUUGAGACAAAACAAAGGGAUGCAGGAGAUCACUGGGAGAAUGGCUGACCCAGGACAACUAGAGCUGAGUAAUCAGGGGGUGGACAACACUUCAACCCCCUCUUCAUCAGUCAGCUCAGAAUAUGAGGGAGUCUCGCCAUUGGACAGAAGGAGAGAAGAACAGCGGUUUUCAGAAACAGAUUCAGAAGAAGAGAAUGCCAAUGGAGAGCAAGGAUACACAUUUGAGGACGAGUUUGAUGAUGAGAUUGGCCUAUAAGAUGACACUGUAAGUGAUUUGUGAACAAAAAAAACAAUUCAUAGCAUUCAUCAUUGGCAUCAUGCGACAAAUUGAUGAGCCAUUGCAUGUGAACAGAUUCCUUCAGUAUCGUAAAAAGUUAUUGAGGACUUACUACAUAUCUGGACUAUUUGGAAUUUUCAUUUUCCACACUUUCGCAGUUUUUCUUAAGUUUGGAUCUUCUAUGAAAGGAAGACCAUGUUACACCUUUCUCUUUGGAUUAUAUAACUACAAAUUUGAAAGUUUUCUCAUGAACAGUGUGAUGUAACCAUGAGAAACUCAAGAAUAGAUAUUUUUAUAAUUUUUAUAAGGUUUAGCUGUAACUGGACAUAGCUUUAAUCUCAGUGGAGAAUGAAAACCUGCAGUUAAACACCCCAAAUAAUCACUUGACGAGCACAGUUGUUGAUUUCUGUGUUGAAAUAUUUCAUAUUGAAACCGAAAGUUGGGGCUUGCCAUUAUUUUUAAAUAGCCAGUAACCUUUAGUUUGCUAUUUAUCCAAUUUUGGUCAAUAUUUUUGGUCAAUUUUCCCUAAAGAUAUAGAAGUGUGUGAUUCUUAAAAUUACAUUUGGAUGCUUAUAAAUCCAAAGAUCAAAGUUAUAAAUUACUAUUUUUUUUAAUAUUAUGAUUAUAUAGAGUGCCUUACAUGAAGAUGUUUGCUAUCUCAUAAUUCACACGUAUUUUACGAAGUGGCUAAUUUGUAUUAAUUCAUACAUCCACGUACGAUUUGCUUUUGGCCCUGUGAUGAUGUAGUUUGGGGCGUGGUUUUGUUAUUAUGUUUUUAUGAUAAUCGUAUGUUUUUGUAUGAUUCACUUCGUACAAAUUAGCUAACUAGUAAAAUACGUACAAAUUCUCAUGAGAUCAGGCUGUUUUCCCAUUUUUACUUAAAACUCUUGUAUUUGUAUGAUGUAUCUUGCUCACUUUUGCUAAAAAACUUUUGAGUGCAGGUUCAAGGUUGCUUAUGCCUUUACAAAUGCUGGAAUUAUCUCUUGGGAGUUUUUAUUAAUCCAUAUACAUAUAAAUUUUUUACAUGAGGGCAGUUAGCUUAUUGGUUUGUGCCCAUUAAAAAAGAAAUACCAUAGCUAGACACUACAAAAAUAGUAGGCUUAAUAGUUCAAAAAAUUUAAACUGUGAAUGAAAACCAACUCACUUGUUGAGUUGGAACCUUAAUGUCUGGCUCAUGACCAAAUUAAUAAAGGGAAGCAUGAAAAUUGCAGACAAUCAGCCAUUCUUUGAAAUUGCCUAUUAAAACAUGUACAUAUCUAAAGAUUGUAGACUGAACUAGACCAAAUAUGAAAUUAAAGUUUUUAAAAGUA